ACACAUUACCUCAAAAUAUUAUAAGACUGUAAAACUGCAAAUUAAUUUGAAAAAUCAAGGAAAGUUUCAUUUAAAUCAAUAUUAUUAUUUUUUAUCUGAUUUAUAAUGAUGCGGUAUGUUUUUCAGUGAAUUGAAAGUUAUUGUGUUGACAAAGUUAAUUCUAAAUUAGAAGUUUUAUAACACUGGCAACAGUUUGUCAUUACUAUCAUAAUUAUUAUUCCAUUACAUUUAUCUUAUCAGUCGUUUCAAUUUCUUGUUGUACUUUAUUGUUACUAUUUUUUAACAAUGUUACUUAAUAAUGAUUACUUAAAAAAUAAAACAACUCCACAACAUUUCCUUAGUAAUGGCUUAUUUAUUACGAUAUAACAUCACGUGUUUAUGACGUCACUGGACUGGGGAAUUCCCUCUAACCAUCCUCAAAUGCCUCAAACUAAUUAAUAUAGUAUUAGUAUCUAUAAAAUAUACCAACCCGACUGCUGUUGGAAUACCCAAAUUUUUUGUUUGUUUCACUUAUCAAUCAAAAAAUAAUAAUUGAAGAGCAUGUGUCGCGAUUGCUAACACAUUUAAAAUGGCGCCACUUUCCAACAUUGGUUUGAGUAGGAUUAAAUUGAUUCAGUACUUAUUCUCUGUUGUUUUUUUUAAAUAGUCAAUGAACAAACAAAUAAAAAUUAAGAUUUUAUAUAAAUUCUUGUUAGGAAACAUGAAUGAUUGAUAUGGCUGUAAUAUUCUGAUUUUAAAAUAUAAGUCAUUCUUGUCACUGUCAACAUCAAUUUUGCAACUUAUCUUUCUUUAAAUACACUAUUUUGAUUAAUUUUCUACGACUUAAAUAAAAUAAUGUUUAAAAGUGAUUCCCAGUCUACAACCUUGUCGGAUUUGAUCAGGCGAGGUUUCUUCGAAGCUGUUUAUGCGAAGAGUAAUCCUAAUUCCUGUGAGAAUUCCCCGAGGCGUGGUUCGGUUGAGGCUGCGGAAGUAAAGGCCAGGGAUUGCGCUUGCCCUCCACCAGCGCCACCAUGUUCUUCCGGAAACCGAGGGAAAACCGGGGCAGGGGUUUCCGGUUCUCGUAACCAGCCGCAAGGCGACCGCGAUCCUGGCGGACUGCCCACGGGCGCCACCAACCCGGGUUUGCUCAGAUACAUCCACAACGCAGCUCGUUAUAGGAUACCCCAGUGCUUUGAGGGUGCCUCGCUCUCUGUUAAACAGGAUACUAAAGAAAACUGGAUGCUCGGUCACUCGAUGGCCUUCAGUUCGGUAUCGCCGGGUGGUUACAAACUCCUACUAUCCUACAUGGACAAAAGCAAGCCGUCAAAGCUGCCUUACUUCGUGAUGGAAGCGGCACCUGGCGGACAGAUGAGCUGCGAGGUUCGGGUGGGCCCCUCCGACAACACUCGGGCAACAGUUGUCGCACAAAUUGCUGACCGCGAGAUUUACAGCUUUGAAAGUAUUUUUGACGCCUACUUUAAUAAUUGCACGGCUUCUGUUAUUGCCGUCAAUCGGGACUUCAUUGCUCUUCAUUAUCUUCAGGCGAUAACGGAUAAAAUAUCACUGGGGGCGGAGUUCGUAUCCCGCGUACAAGCGACGGAGCUGAGCUCAGCAUCAGCCGCAGCACGCUUUAUGACAACGGAGCAUUCAGCUAGCGUUACCCUGGGUAGCCGUGGCUUGGACCUCUGCUACGCUCGUGCCAUCGCGCCGCAUCUCACCGUCGCAGGGAUGCUUGAGGUCGGCUUCGCAAUUCGCCGCGCAGUAGCAACCCUGGCAUACGAAUGGCGCGCGGACGAGUGGACGGUCCGAGGCUCGGCCGACUCGGACGGCCUGGUCGGCGCCACGCUGCAGCGCGGCCUAGGCGGCAAGCAGGCCAAGCUGGCUUGCGAAAUAUCGGCGCUGCUCAACCACCCUAAUAAUAAGUUCCGACUCGGUUUCGGAGUGACUGCUGCCGUUGUUUAGAUUAGUUGGAUGAAGAUAAUGAUUGGCCUUAAAUUUUGUGCACGGAAUAUUCAAUAUAUGAGCACACGUAAUAUAAUAGGGUAAUAAGAGAGACGCGUAUUUGCGGUGUCGCGUACACCAACCAAAGUUGACCUGUUGACUAAGAAAGAAUGACCUCUCUUCAAGCUUUUAUUAAAAUAUUUAUCAGACUACGUUUACUAAUGAAAAAUUCCUUAUAAAUUCCCUAAUACUUACUUAUUCAUGCAUGAAAUUAGAGCCUAAAGGUAUAGUGUAACAUUGUAUUCUUGUACCUUGUAAUAAGUAGUAGGUCUUCGUUCUUAACCUGUGAUAUUAUUAACUAAAUGUAAAAAAUAUCAUAUUCGAAAACAGACAGUUGAAUGUAUCUUCGAUGAAAUGUUUUUAAUUUGCCAAUUUUUUGUUUUGACUACGUAUAUUAACCCCAUAAAUUAUUGUGAGAUUUUUUAUUGUGGCCGUUGAUUGGGUUACCUAUAUAUUUAAACACCACCCACUAGAUGUAACCCGCUAAUUCAUUGAUUUGUGACAUGGACUUUCAAUCUUAAUAAUUUUAUUAAUUUUACCCUUAUUUUUAUAAGUGUUUAUAACGAAAGGCAAGUUUAGUAUAAAUAUUAGUUUUAGAUAGCUUUAACAAUAAAAUAAUUCCUUGGAAUCUAUUACC